UUUUAAGUCAAAUGUAUGAAAAGAAGUUUGAACAGCUACAUUUCAAAGCAGGAAUCAGUGGCUGCAUCCCUGCUCUGUCUCUUUAACCAGCAGGAUCACUGCCUCUCUGGUCCCUCCCAUUCUCAGCCCCUCCAGUGUUUGCUGGCCUGAGAUGGGAGCACACACAGCAGCACCAUCUCGACCGGAGAAACGGGAUAAACCUCGGGGGGGAAAAAAAAAAAGAGAUUAGAAUUAAACCAAAAAUACCUCGUCCAAGCUGUGGCAUGAACAAAAAAAAUGGGAUAAUGGGACGAUUCGUUCACUGCAACCGGGACACAGUUGCAGCUUAAUCGCGUCCUCGAGAGAAAGUCAGAUGUUGUCGAUGUUGUGUUUAGCGCUUUUUAUCCAUUCUCCUUGAGCGCUGCUGGUACAAAGGCGCUCAGGCUGGAGCAGCAGCAGCAGCAGCAGCAGCCGGGAUUACUGCCGUAUGAAUGGGCGAGAGUGAACAAGACCCACUGUCACUAACAAACGCGGAACGGUAAACAAACACAGUGAGUGAAUCUAGAAGGAUUUAAUCACUUUCCCGUUUUUUUAUUUUUUUUAUCUCUCGCUCUCUCUCUCUCUCUCUUUUUCCCUGGGAGCCCGUGUCAUCCCGCGAGGACAGAUGCUGUCAUUGUGUCGAGGCUGAGAUUAUAAAAGGAAGAAAAAAAAAACAAUAAAAAAAAAAACAGUCUACGUCUGAAAGUGGCCUUUUCUGGAAUAAUGCACGAGAAAGACGGGCUUUCUUCCAGCUUUUUGUUGCUUUUUAUGCCUCACACAUUCCCUCUGACUGAACGGCCGGGUUCUCUUGUUCAGAAUGGGAUGCAUUGUUGCAUCUGCGCAGCCCACGACAAGUGUCAGCAAUUAGGCUGUAUGUUUCUGAACGGCUUGCCCGAAGGAUUGUUAUAAAGAGUGCCACUGAUUUCUGACUGUAGGUUGCCAUUGUUGUCCUUCAUCCUUUUGGUAAAGUGGACUUAAAGGUGCCCUUUUGGCAUCAUUCAUCCAGCCCGAGUGAAUAAGGGUACGCCAGGCACAAUAUGGUGGAGCCGGUGGGUUUCAUUGAAGCGUGGAAGGCACAGUUUCCAGAGUCAGAGCCCCCGAAGAUGGAGCUGCGGUCUGUUGGCGGAAUUGAGCAGGAGCUGGAGAGGUGCAAGGCGUCCAUCAGGCGCCUGGAGCAGGAGGUGAACAAGGAGCGCUUUCGCAUGAUCUACCUGCAGACCCUCCUGGCGAAGGAGAGGAAGAGCUAUGACAAGCAGCGGUGGGGCUUCAGGAAGACCCCCCUGAACGAGGGGGUGGACUCUGCGUCCACGCAGGGAGCGGAGUGCCAAUCCCAGCAGCCCCACAUGCAGGAGACCGGUGGCGUCGGAGUUGUAGUAGGAGGUGGAGGGUACGGCGCUGGGUGUGGAAGUAUUGGGGAUAGGAGCCGGUAUCAGCCUCUAGGAGAAGGAGCUGGUCGGUCCAAACCCAGACCUCCACCAGCCAGGAAGUCAGCCUCCCACGGAGACGGCCUGGAGUCCGCUUUUGAGGUUCCCCAGCAGGCUGAGUCGACCUCGUGUGACAACCUCGAUGGCCUCUCGCCGUCCAAGCAGCGGAGCGGCAUCACCGUUUCCCCCCGCAGGCCAAACCUUCCGCCCCCGGACAAGGAGCUGCUCUCUGACCCCAAGGACAAGCUGGGGAUGGGACUUGGGGUGGCGGCACUGCGGUCCAACUUCGAGAGGAUCAAGCGGGCCAACUCGCACUCCGCCGGCGACGCCGCGAAGGGCCAAGAGAAGCAGCUGCCGCCGCCGCCGCCGCCGUUCUACACCAACAUGGAGUUUCACCACGACAGGGGCCUGGUCAGGGUGAACGACCGCGAUGUCUCCGACAAGAUCAGCACCCUGGGCAGCCAGGCCAUGCAGAUGGAGCGGAAGAGAUCCCUUCACUCCCUCCCAGGUAACCUAGCAACAGUAGCAGGGGAGCUCCGUGCUCGACCAGUGUACAGGGGUCGAUCCACCGAGAGCACCUGCGGGUAUGAUGCUGAAUAUGAAGAUGGGGAACCCAACCAGCGACAUUCAGGGAGGGCCAAUGGGGGCAAACCUCCGCCGCCUCCUUGGCAGCCCUCUGAGUUCCAAGCCUACUCCAGCGUCUACGUUGGUGGCGUGAUGAUGGGAGAAGGCGGCGGAGGAGAUGGGCGAGGCAGUGGCGGAGGGGGCGGUGGAGUCACGAUGAGGGACCUCGGGGGAGGCGAUGACCACCUGUUGACCUGGCCACGCCGCUCCUACUCCCCAGGCAGCUUUGAGGAUGUCGGCGGCGGCGGCGGCUACACGCCGGACUGCAGCUCCAACGAGAACCUGACGUCCAGCGAGGAGGACUUCUCCUCCGGCCAGUCCAGCCACGUCUCGCCAAGUCCCACCACCGCCUUCCGCCGCCCCUUCAGGGAGAAGAGCCGCUCGCCGUCCCAGAACUCCCAGAACUCCCAGCACUCCUUCGACAGCAGCAGCCCGCCGACCCCUCAGUCCCAGAAGCGUCACCACCGGCAGCAGGGAGGCCACGUGGUCAUGUCCGAGGCGACUAUUGUGAGUGUUCGCAAGACCGGGCAAAUCUGGCCACCUGCUGCCCACCAUGACCUGAUGCCACACGGCAGAACAUCCCACGACAACAGUUACCAUGGAGACCAUCUAGAUGGUCAUUACACCAGCACCCCUCCCUCGUACGGUUAUGAUGCGGACCGUGCAGAAGAGCAGCGGCGGCACCAUGACAUCCUGCCAUACAUCGAUGACUCGCCCUCAUCUUCGCCGCACCUCAGCUCCAAGAGCCGCAGCAGUCGAGACACGCUUUCAUCGGGAUCUUUAGAGUCCUCCAAGUCGACUGAAUGUGACCUGGAGAAAGGUUUGGAGAUGAGGAAGUGGGUCCUGUCUGGGAUCUUAGCCACAGAGGAAACAUACCUCAGUCACCUGGAGGCACUGCUGCUGCCAAUGAAGCCCCUGAAGGCUGCUGCUACGACGUCGCAGCCCGUGCUCACCGUGGCCCAAAUAGAAACCAUCUUCUUCAAAGUGCCUGAGCUCUACGAGAUCCACAGGGAGUUUUACGACGGACUUUUCCCUCGUGUUCAGCAGUGGAGCCACCACCAGAGAGUCGGGGACCUGUUCCAGAAACUGGCCAGCCAGCUUGGAGUUUACCGAGCCUUUUUGGACAACUACGAGCUGGCCGUGGAGACGGCGGAGAAGUGCUGCCAGGCUAACACACAGUUUGCUGAAAUCUCAGAGAACCUGAAGGUGAGGAGCCCCAAGGACUCGAAGGACCAGACGGCCAAGAACUCUCUAGAGGCUUUGCUGUAUAAACCAGUGGACAGAGUGACUCGCAGCACAUUGGUACUUCAUGACCUACUCAAACACACGCCCACAAGUCACCCGGACCACCCUCUUCUGCAGGACGCCUUACGGAUCUCCCAGAACUUCUUGUCCAGCAUCAACGAGGAGUCAACGCCCAGACGGCAGUCUGUGACCGUCAAGAAAGGAGAGAACCGGCAGCUUCUGAGGGACAGUUUCAUGGUGGAGUUGGUGGAGGGAGCGAGAAAGCUGCGGCACGUCUUCCUCUUCACUGAUCUGCUGCUCUGCGCCAAGCUGAAGAAACAGAUCGGAGGCAAAAACCAGCAGUAUGACAGUAAGUGGUACAUCCCCCUGACUGAGCUGACCUUCCAGAGCCCAGAGGAGGCGGAGCCUCUUACCAUCCCUCAGGUCCCUGAUGAAGAGCUGGACGCCAUGAAGAUCAAGAUCUCACACCUCCGCAGUGAGCUCCAGAGAGAGAAGAGAGCAAACAAGGGUUCAAAGGUCAUUGAUCGUCUCAGGAAGAAGCUGACGGAACAGGAGUCUCUGCUUCUGUUAACGUCUCCGAGCUUGCCUCUCAGAGUCUACAACAAGAGUGGCAAGAGUUACAGUUUCCUGAUUUCCUCUGACUAUGAGCGCGCUGAGUGGAGGGAGAUAAUGAAGGAACAGCAGAAGAAAUGUUUAAAAACUUCCUCGCUGACUUCCAUGGAGCUUCAAAUGUUGACAAGCUCCUGCCUCAAACUGCAGACUGUCCAUCACAUUCCACUUAGUAUCAAUAAAGAUGAGGAUGAAUCCCCUGGUCUCUGCGGGUUCCUGAAUGUAAUCGUCCACUCUGCCUCCGGCCUCAAACAGAGCUUGAAUCUCUACUGCACAUUGGAGGUGGAUUCCUUCGGCUUCUUUUCGAGUAAAGCUAAGACGAGAGUGUAUCGAUACACCACUGAACCCAAAUGGAACGAGGAAUUUGAGAUUGACCUGGAGGGCUCUCAGACCCUGAGGCUGCUCUGCUACGAGAAGUGCUACAACAAGACCAAGCAGAACAAAGAGGAUGGAGAGAGCACGGACCGCAUCAUGGGGAAAGGACAGAUCCCGCUGGACCCUCAGGCCCUGGAAGGCAAAGACUGGCAGAGAACAGUUAUUCCAAUGAAUGGGAUUGAGGUGAAACUUUCCAUAAAGUUCACCACCCGAGAGUUCAGCCUGAAGAGGAUGCCCUCACGGAAGCCCAUGGGUGUUUUCGGAGUCAAGAUCUCCACAGUGACCAGGCGGGAGCGCUCCAAGGUGCCCUACAUUGUCCGGCAGUGCCUAGAGGAGAUAGAGAGGAGGGGUAUGGAGGAGGUGGGCAUCUACAGAGUAUCAGGGGUGGCUACUGACAUUCAGGCCUUGAAGACUGCCUUUGACACCAACAAUAAAGAUGUGUCAGUGAUGAUGAGUGAGAUGGACGUGAAUGCCAUCGCCGGGACCUUGAAGCUGUACUUCAGAGAGCUGCCAGAACCGCUCUUCACUGAUGAGCUCUACCCUAAUUUUGCAGGCGGCAUCACUCUGUCUGACAGUGUUGCCAAAGAGAGCUGUAUGCUGAACCUACUGCUGUCACUGCCAGAACCCAACCUGGUCACAUUCCUUUUCCUUUUGGAUCACCUGAAGAGGGUGGCAGAGAAGGAAAGUGUCAACAAGAUGUCUCUCCACAACCUGGCUACCGUGUUUGGGCCGACCUUGCUGAGGCCUUCUGAGAAGGACAGCAAGAUCCCCACUAACCCCACCCAACCCAUCAGUAUGGGAGACAGCUGGUCCCUGGAAGUCAUGGCACAGGUCCAGGUGUUGCUGUAUUUCCUCCAACUGGAGACCAUCCCCACCCCGGAUAGUAAACGGCAGAGCAUCCUCUUCUCCACUGAAGUAUAAAGCAAAGACGGACUCUGCUGACCUCAGAUUGAGACGCUGAAGGAGUGAAAGAGACAAAACUGUGGCUCAAAGUGAGCCUGUAUUAGUAGGUUUUUGAAUUGACUUAUCAGAUUCAGUUAGGCUCCUGCAGCUGGAACAGAUUGUCACUGGCGAUGCCUGCUCCCUCAACCACAAGGGGGCGCCAUUGGGCCUCUGAAUCUAAAAGGAAGUGAAGUCCUUAGAGUUCAUAUCUGUCACUACCUGAUGUUUGGAUACAUCUGCCUUCUUCAUUUCUCCUCCUUCUUCUUUGUUGGUCUAAACCCUGAACUUCUAACGAUCGAGUGGUUUUUAAAUCAAGAAAUUGUCAAAAUCAGUUUGUAAAAGACCAAA